AUGGCUGGCGAUACGGUGGUGCAGUUAUUUGCGAUAUGUGCUGUAUCUUCAUUCUUUUACAUAUCUCAAACUUUCGAACGUCAUUCUCUAACUGAGAGCCCGAGACUUUCGUCAUUUCUUGUAUUUCUUCUUUCUGGCUUAGUUUGCUAUGGGGUCAGUUGCAUUACCAAGUGGUUUCCUGGCGCAGAUGGUCGUUUCACAUCGCACCGUCGUCAAGGCUCAUUGCUCGAUGGUGUACCUGAUGCUGCAUCCAAAAAUGAAAAUUCCCAUCUACCAGGACGGCCACGAAGGCUGUCACUUCCCGUACUUAUACUGUGCAUUGUUCUGAGGCUCGAAAUCUUUCACCGUGUAAACUAUCAGCAGCAAUGCGCGACUCCCGGCCUCGAGUCAUUCCUCUGCGUCCUUCUCUUCGCCUAUGAAAUCUUUACUUCUCGAAAGAAAUGGGGAUUUCCACCCCCAGAAGAUCCAGAUGAUCCUUGGCGCUCAUGCUUUGAUGACUUGAUCGACUGGUUCAGCGGCCCCAGAGUUAUACUCACUGUGGCAGUUUUCAGCAUCCUAGUUUUCUCUACAGGCACCUACCAUGCUAUCAGCCAGAUCACACGUUCUACGUAUUACUGUUUCGACAUGGUUGAGAGUAGGCGAAUGACCCUUGCUCUGCAGUGUAUGGGACUUAUGCUCGAUGUCAUCGUCCUCCUCCUCCUCUGGCGCCUGUUGGCUUGGUCCCGAACCGCUAAGCUUCGUUUGCGAACUCUGGGGACAGUUUUAACACUCUCGUCGCUGUCGAUGGGUCUUGUGUGGGUUGGGAGCCGAAUCUUCAGGGGCUCAUCCGUGUUACAUGCUGGAUUUGGCUUCUUGUAUGGGUUUGAUAUCAUUGUUGAUAGUGUCGCAUUCGCGGCUCUCAUGAUAUCGGCCACUUUCUGGGCAUGCGAAACAUCGCCGCUCACGCCAGCUAGUAUUAUCACGUUUCUUAUGGGAACGGCGAAGGCCUGCCAGAACAUAUUCCAGUAUGGAGACUACCUUCAUCCUAAGCGGCUUCCCGAGAUCAUGCCACUUUACAUGAUUGCGUUUGGAAUGAUCGCAUUCACCUACACUCAUGGUAUGCGCUCUGUCGUGUUCAUUCGACGCUUCUUCCUCCUGGCUCUUCUAGUUGGUCUUGCCAUGGGAACUACCGUGUUUAUUGUCAAAACAAAACCACAGACAUUUGUGCGCCACCCUAUCAAUGACUUCAUCUACAGGGCCAACAUCAGACAGGGUCGUUGGAUGCAGGAGGCAACAACAAGUAAAAGUCUUCCAAUCGCCCACAAGAUCUAUAAGGAGCGUCACAAUGACCGUGACCCCCCUCCGGCCUUCGCGGACUGGUAUGAGCUUGCCAAGAAUACUGCCGUGAUUGAUCGGUUCGAUCAGAUUGACCGAGACUUGGCUCCAUUCAAAGCUAUCACUCCACGAAAGCUCCGGCAACGCACCUCCUUGGUAUCUCAGAUGCCUGGUGUUCAUGUUAUUGGAAUUAAAAACGGCAACGCAUCAAGACUCCCUGAAAUCAGUGGACAUGAUGCAGAGUUGCUAGAUAGCUUGGUGGCUUCCAUGAACAAGUUUUCAAAAUUCCUGCCUGACAUGCUCUUCCCCGUCAACCUGAGCCCUUCUCCAAGAGUUCUCCCAUCAUGGGAGACCGCCAAUGGACAGAGCAGGGCGGAUUUGACUCCUAUAGUCAACCUCAUUUCAAAGAGGUCAGUUGAACGAAAUGGUCCUGAUGACGGUGAAGGAGCGAAACCUGCGGAGACCCCCUUCCCCAAGCCAUUGCCCGCAUUGCCCAAGUCUCCUCAGAUGGAUCAGCAGUCCAUGGUAUCUCCAGCCGACUAUCGCCAGAUGCAAGUCGAAGGAUGCCCUCCAGGCUCAAGAACCCGAACCAACCCUCACUGGAAUAUCGGCGAAUUUUGCGCCGACUGCGUGCGACGACACUCGAAGGCGCAGGUAAUGGUCAAUUGGGAGAGGUCCCUAGAGUACUGUUCUCAGCCUGAUCUCAAAUAUCUUCAUGGGAUGUCCCUCUCAAACCCUCACGCAGAGCCCAUUAGGGACCUACUGCCCCUCUUUGGACCAUACAAGUCAGAGCCAUUCCAGGACAUCAUAAUUCCCCUACCGCAGCCCGAGGACGACAAAGCUGACAUCAGCUGGAACUUCGAUCGCCGGUACGAUUCUAUGUUCUGGCGAGGUCAAACCGGUGAUGGAUACAUUUCGAACCAAGCUUUGCGAGGCAGUCAUAAGUUUCGACUUCUUCACAUGAUGGGUAACAGGAACCCAGAAGACAAAGUCUCGAUGAUUCUCCCAUCGGCAAAGGACCCGUCUAUAUACCAGCAUGAGAAAGUCCCUAUUGCAGAAGCGAAUCUCGUCGCGCCUACAAGCAUCGGCAUGAACGACUACACAGGCUGCAAAGGUCCCAAUUGCGAAAUUCUUCGCGAAACGUACCCCAUUAUUGAGGAAUCCAAAGAUCAAGAGCCCCUUGAAUACCGUUACGUUCUUCUCUUAGAUCAAGAUGAUAAACCCUCACCAGACCUCCUUCGCGUGCUCCGCUCAAAGAGUGUACCUCUCAUCUCCACCCUCUUCCGGACGUGGUAUAGCGAUCGUCUGAUCCCGUGGCUACACUUUGUGCCCAUUGACACGCGUUAUCAGGGUCUACACACCACUUUGACGUACUUUACCGGCACGCACAAGAAAGCGUACAUCAACGGGCGCGACACCGACAUGAAAGGGCAGACAAAGGAUGCAGCGUGGAUCGCUCAGCAAGGUGCCAAAUGGGCGGAGGAAGCCCUGGGCGAGAAGGACAGGGAAGUGUAUCUCUUCAGGUUGAUGCUCGAAUGGGCGAGAUUGGUUGAUGACAAGCGUGAUGAUAUUGGGACAAUCAAAGAUGACAAGGGCGAGUUUCAAAGCUCGCCUUGGACAAAAGACCAGAACUGGCAACUGUAA